AUAAGUGAAGUAGCCAUUUUUAGUCAAAUCUAAUGAAAUCAUUACUUUUGUUUCACUUACUGUUUUUUGACGUUAUGAUUUUUUAUCGUGUUUAAUUUAUAGAUUAAAAGCAAGAUUCUUGUAAACAAAACAAGUGAUUUAAAAGAAAGAAAUUGCAGCCUAAUAAUGGGUAACGCUGGCAGUAAUCAACCAGUUGGCCAUCAUCACACUAGCAGCACAAAUAGAGAACACCGCCAUACUAAAGAAUAUCCUCCACCUUCACCGGGGAAGGAAGGCCAAGCUUUUGUUUUUGAUAAGAAGCCAAGCCAAAAAUUAGUUUUCCAAUCGUCUCAUGAGGAGGAAGAACCUUAUUUUGCUAAGACUAAUACACAUCAAGACGGAGAAGACUUUAGUUCUCAACGUCCACGUUCUAAUACAGUAUCUGAAGGAACCAAAGUAGCAGAUAGCAAAGUUCUACCAACAGUGUUUAAAUGGGAGGGAGGUGGUAAACAGGUUUAUAUCAGUGGAACUUUUACUGGAUGGAAAACGUUACCAAUGGUUAAGAGUCAUGGUGAUUUUGUAACAAUUAUUGAUUUGCCAGAGGGGGAACAUCAAUAUAAGUUUUUUGUUGAUGGUGAAUGGAGACACGAUCCAGAUAUAAAAAUUGUUGAUAACGGAAUGGGUUCCAAGAAUAAUUUGGUAUCUGUAAGAAAAUCUGAUUUUGAAGUUUUUCAAGCACUUGCAAAAGAUAGCGAAGGUGUUACUAGUAGUGCUCAGACUGAGUACGGCCAAGAAAUUCCUCCUAAUAAGCCCUGGGAGAAAGUAGCUGGUCCACCAAUAUUGCCACCUCAUUUGCUUCAAGUUAUUCUCAAUAAAGAUACUCCUUUAUCUUGUGAACCAACACUUCUACCAGAACCAAAUCAUGUUAUGUUAAAUCAUCUAUAUGCUUUAAGCAUUAAGGAUAGCGUAAUGGUUCUAUCGGCGACGCAUCGUUAUCGUAAAAAAUAUGUUACAACCUUAUUAUACAAACCGAUUUAAGAUCCUUCAGUCAUUCCCUAAGAUAUUGGCAAUUGUUAGUUACAUCGAAGCAAGGUAUAUUUUGUAGGUAAGAUGAAAUAUCGAUGUGUAAAACAAAUAUUUGGAAAUUGACAAACAUAGAGUUUCUUGUAUUUGAAAUGUUAAAUAAUGUAAUUAUUAUUUAUUAAAAUGAAAUAUUUUCCAUUAGA